AUGGAAAUAUCACAGUCAAUUAAGAAUGUGAUGCUCCCAACAUUUAUUCCAUCCUUGACCCACACUUGUACAACAUGGGCAAUUCGUAAUGAUCAAAAGGAAUUUAUUGGGUGCAUUGGAUUGCUUUUACUUGACGAAUCUUCCUAUUCCUACAAUGUAUCUUCUGAUUUUUAUCUCUCAGAGAAUAGCUAUGAAAUUGGCUUUUACAUUUCUCCAGAUUAUAGAAAUCUUGGAAUUACUAGUUCUGCUUUGAAAUUCGUUUGUGACGAAAUCGCCUUUGGAGGUUUAGGAUUAAGCCAUUUAUACGCAAUGGUUUUUGUUGGAAAUGUUAAAAGUGAACGUAUAUUAAAAAAAUCUGGGUUCAAGUUUGAAAAGAUAUUAAAUGAUGCAUUGGUAAAAAAUGAUAAAAAG